AUGUCGCCGCUUCCCCUGGUGCGCGCCGCCGCCGCCCGGGCGCCCAUCCGGGUUGCGCUGCGCCCGCGGACGCUUCAGUUCCGCAUGCAAACAUCCUCGGUAUCAUCAUCCUCAUCAUCAUCGACCGCCGCCGCAGCCAAGGCCCCGACGCCGCCGCCCGUCCCCGGACCCGGCUCCGGCCCCGCCAGCGCGCCGACCGCCGCCGCGAAACCGAUCCCGACCGCGUCCGCGACGGCCGCCGCGACCGGCACAACAGCUUCUUCUGCGGCUACGACGACUGCUGGCUCGGCAGCGGCCAAGGCGACGACUCCGCCCCUCUGGCGGCGCCUCGGCCUCGUCACACGCGCCGUCGACGGCUACGCCAACUCGCAGCGCAAGCGGCCCUACACGACGCAGCUCAUCGGCGCCUUUGUCAUAUACCUCCUCGCGGACCUGAGCGCGCAGCGCAUCGGCGGGCGCGAGCACGACCCCGUGCGGACGGGCCGGACGGUCCUCAUCGGGCUGGUCGCGGCGAUCCCGCACUUCAAGUGGUUCGUCUUCCUCUCGCGCAACUUCAACUACGCCUCCCGCACGGGCUCCAUCGCCACCAAGGUGCUCGUCAACCAGGCCGUCUUCGCGCCCACCUUCAACACCUACUUCUUCGGCGCGCAGGCGCUGCUCUCGGGCGAGGACCUGGCCGCCACGGGCCAGCGCCUGCGCGACACCCUGCCGCCGAGCCUCGUCAACUCGUUCAAGGUCUGGCCCGCGACCAUGGCCGUCGCCUUUGCGUUCCUGCCGUUUGAGUUUCGCGCCAUCUUCUCCGGCUGCGUCGCCGUCGGCUGGCAGACGUACCUGAGCUACCUCAACCGGCAGGCGGAGCUCAAGGAACACGCGAGGGCGUUGACGACGGUGGCUGAUGGCCAGGGUCCUGUCGCCGAGGUGGCGAUUGCGUGA